ACUAUUCUGCAAUCUUUGUAGAUUCUAACUAUCGAUUUUAUCGUAAGAAAAACAAUUCCCUCAAUUUCUAAAUCCUAGAUCUAGUCCUAGACUGGACUAGAAAUCAAGUUGCUUUAUCCAUAUUGUCUCUACUAACUGAAUUUCGCAGAUCUAAAAAUGGCAGGAAUACCACCUGGUUGGGAAAAACGAACAAGUCGUAAUAACGGUAAAGAUUACUAUAUGAACAUCUACACAAAAGAAAGUCAGUGGGAUGAACCGACUGAGCCAGCUGAGCAGAAAUCCAACAAAGUCACAUGUUCGCAUUUACUAGUCAAGCAUAAACAUUCCAGGCGUCCACAGAACUGGAAAGGGGAGGAGAUAACUAGGACUAAGGAGGAGGCACUAGAAUUGCUACAACAAUACCGAAAUAAAAUAGUUAAUGAUGAGGCCACAUUUGCAGAGCUAGCUGAGAAGUACUCAGACUGCAGUUCUGCUAGAAAAGGGGGUGAUUUAGGUCCCUUUGGUCCAGGACAAAUGCAGCGGCCUUUUGAAGAAGCCUCAUUCAAACUUCAGGUUGGUGAAUUGAGUGAGCCUAUAUCAACAGACUCAGGAGUUCACAUCAUACUAAGGACAGCAUAAACUUCACAGAUUCUCUUCAUUUGAAUAAUGCUGCAUACAUAAGCGGAUCUAGCCUUGUUGAGAUACUGGGAGCUAAGCCCAAAAUCCCCAUAGAUAUACAAGUGUAAUACACUAAGAAUAUAACACUUAGUACAAAAUGUAAAAUUGGUUAACUUUUUAUAGGUCUUUUUUUCUCUUACACGUUGGAGGACAGAUCCGCCUAUGUCUGCAUAUUUUAUUUUUCUAGUGUUUCAAUCUCAUGUUUGUCCAUAUUUCAUUUUCUGUCACACUUAAAAUUUGGUAAUAGGAAGUGGGAGGGGGGGGAGUUAACUCUCUCUGGAGCCUGAGGGUAAUUUUGAACAUUGAUUUAUUUUUUGCUCUCCAACCACAAAUAUUUUCAUAUUGUCUGCUCUUAAAUUUAGUUUGAUUCUUCUAUAUUUUAAUAUAUUGACGGUAAUUAUUAUCUUUUGAUGCAGUUGAAUGUUAUUACUAAACUAAAGAAUUGCAUUUAUAAUUGAAUUGCCUUCACCUCAUUACUUAAGCAAAGUUUUAUGAACAAUGUCAAAACUAUUCGUCACUGUUAUUUGUUUUAAAUGGAGUUUUUUUUUUUAAAGUGUUUUUUGUUGUGCUUUGUUUGAAUAGCUAAAAAUAAAAUACAAAAUAUUUUUUAUUUUAAAACUUUUAAUAUGCAAAGCAAACAAAAGCCUUAUUAACCUGUAAUUCCGUCAUUUAAGUUAAAAUAAAAAUAGUGCUGCCUAAUUUAUAAAUAUUUAGCCAAGUGUUGCACCAUUUCUUUAUUUGCUUGUAAGGCAAUAUUUCACUCUAGUACACUGAAUGUGCUUUUCUAUUACUUUAACUGAUGGUUUCCUUGAUUAUUUGUAGGCAUUAUAUUUUAACCAUUUAUGUAAUGGAGAUUGCCUUAUUAAUGACAAGAAAGAUAGUGUAAAAUAUCUAAAGAGAGGCCUUUGUCUUUUUGCUUACAGUUGAUCUGUGUUCAUCUUUGCUUAGUUAGUGACCACUUUGCUUUUGUUUGUUUUUUCAUCAAACUAGAUGUUUAUUAAUUUAUUAACAUCCUCUUUGAGCUAUAAUAUUAUCCUUUUUGAUUGUGUAGUGCAUUUAAGGUUAAAGUAUACAUCCUUAAGUAUCUAUAGCACUCAGUUUAAAAAAAAAAUGAUUUUUUAAACAGUGUUUCAGUUCCUGUACAUCUUCAGUUAUAUAGUUAUCUUCCUUUUUUUUAUUACUCAUGCAACUUGAGACAAUCAUAAAAAAAAGAUCUUAUUAAUGUUGUCCUGUUAAUUUUGAUCAAUAAAUUGUUUUAGCUGUUAUGCUACAAGACACACUCUUGGUUUUGAGAAAAUUCCUUUUAGGAAUUUGUUUGGUUUUAUCUUUACUGUGUUUUCUUUUUUUACUUCAUACAAUUCAAAAGUGAAUUCUGAUAUGAUUUCUGAUACUACAUACAAUAUAAUAUAUCUGAAUUGUUAGCAUACUUGUAACAUUUUUUUGUCAAAAUUAUACUAUUUAGAUUGAUCUAAAUGACUUGUAUUUAAAAAUUUAAUAGCUCUAUUUGGACAAAAAUUGUUCCAGUUUGAGAGUAAUGCUUAAUUUAAAAAUUCUUAUUGUGCAUUAUUUCAGCUGUGAAUGUUUUUGUACACAACUUUAGAAAAAGCUAUUGAUGAAUCCUUGUAGGUUUGUUACAUGUAAAAGUUUAUACAAGUACAGUACCUGCACUGUCUGUUUGAACACUCAGUGUAUACAUGUUGUAAAACUAUUGAAUAAACUUGUCUGAAGACCAA